AUGUAUGCUGAUUUGCUAUGUCCUGAUUGUCAAGCAGCGUGGCCGACUAUAUUGAAAGUAAUUGACUAUUAUGGACCAAACAUUCAAGUCCUUCUCCAUCCAUUUCCAUUGCCGUAUCAUACAAAUGCAUUUAUAGCUGCACAGGGAUUACAUGUUGUGUCAAAUGUUACAAAUCGAGACUUGAACGCUAUCUACUUGUACGCCACACUCAUCUUUCAAAAUCAAUCAACUUGGUAUAAUCGAGCAACAAUCGAUAUGUCAACGAAUGAAGUAGUGCAGAGUUUAGCUACUUUCGUUGAUAAAACCCAAAUAACUACAGCCGCUAAAUUUCUGGCUGGUUUGCAAGAUGAUGAUAUCAAUGAUCAAACAAGAAUAUCAUGGAAAUAUGCUUGCAGCAGAAAUGUUGCCAGUACACCUACAUUUAUGAUAAACGGAGUUUUUGUUAGUGCCGAUGCAUCAUGGUCAUUAGAUGAUUGGAAAUCGGUUAUCGAUCCAAUGUUGGACUGCCCUCCUGGUCUAGUACGCUGUAAUUAUGCUCCAAAUAAAAGCGAAUGCUGUGUGUUUGGUUAUAAAUGUGUUCCAAAUUUUGGAUGCAUAUGUUUCAAAGACGGUAAACAAUGUUAG